AUGGCUGGAUUGUCUACGGCUUCCGCCGUUGAGGCAAUUUUGGACAAAGAUGGGUUCACAUUAGAGGAUCUUCUUGACGAGGAUGAACUCAUUCAAGAAUGUAAAUCCCUUAAUGGCCGACUCUUAAAUUUCUUGAGAGAAAGAGUGCAAGUGGAGCAACUGAUUAGGUACAUAAUUGAGGAGCCUCCCGAGGAUGUGGAAAAGAAGCGAACUUUCAAGUUUCCUUUCAUUGCCUGUGAAAUUUUCACAUGUGAGAUUGAAAUGAUACUGAAAACACUAGUCGAGGAUGAGGAGGUUGUAGAGUUUAUUUCAGUCUUACUCACAGUCGGUAGUGAAGCAGCAGAGAAGGAAAUAAUUCGACUUGGAGCUGUGAAAAGAGUGUUGGACUUGUUCUUCGAGUAUCCCUACAAUAACUUCUUGCAUCACCACGUGGAGAAUGUAGUUCUCUCAUGUUUGGAGAGCAAAAACUCUCAGCUUCUUGACCAUCUUCUUAAUGAGUGCAAUCUUAUUGGGAGUAUACUGGAGGCGGAAAAAAACUCCGUACUAACUGCUUCUGAUUCUGAUAAGCUUCAGCCUACAGUCCCUGCGGAGGGUAGAACGCCAGUCAGGAUUGGAAACAUUGGUCACUUGACUCGUAUAUCAAACAAACUUCUUCAACUAGCUAAUAGCAACGCAGAAAUUCAGUCACAUUUGCAGGAAAAUAGCAAAUGGGUGGACUGGCAGACAGAUGUCCUGUCAAAGCGUAAUACACUCGAAAAUGUCUACUCUUGGGCAUGCGGGAGGCCAAGUUCACUCCAUGAUCGUAAUAGAGAUAGUGAUGAUGAUGAUUACCACGAUAGAGACUAUGAUGUAGCAGCCUUAGCAAACAACUUGAGCCAGGCCUUUAGAUAUGGCAUGUACAACAAUGAUGACAUGGAGGAGGUAAUGUUUUCGUCGCCUCUUAUGAAGUCUAUGUUGCAGGAUGUUUACUUUGAUGACGAAUCUGCAGAAGUCGUCAUAUCUUCAUUGCGCCUUGGAGAUGAACAGGAGAGCGGUUCUCUCUUCACAAAUUCAAACUGGUUUGCUUUCGAUGAUGAAAAAGCUGCGGAUGAAUGCUCAAUGGCUUCCCCUCCACCCAAUGAUGAUGAAGAUGAUGAUGAUGAUGCUGUCAUAGGUGAAGCCGAUGAUGACUUCAAGGACACUGCAGACUCCCCACCUGUUGAUAUGGAAACAGAGGAUUCUACAUCAAAGAAUCCUUCUGAAAACCAGAGUGAACCAGAAGCCGAAAAAUCAGCCGGUUGGGUCGAAUGGAGAGAGACCUCCGAGUCCACUGCGCCUUCUUCAAACCCAGAUGAAGCCACCACAUUGCCCAAUGGUGGGGUUCAAAUGGAUGAUGGUGAUGAUACUGAUAAACAAAUUGCAGAGGAUUCGCCAACAGGUGCAAGUGGCGAUGAAACCACAGAGAAGUCACCAGAUGCAGCAAGUGGGGCUGAAAUAGCCGAGAAGUUGAAAGAUUCUAGUCCUGAUGCGUCAGGACUAGUUGCUGAGUCGCAUGAGAAUGCUCAAAGCUCUGAACCUGCAAAUUCGCAGGAAACGGAGAAGAGCCAGGAAGCAGAUGUUGCUGCAGAAACCGAAGAGCCUGUGAAGGAAGUAUGAGUUUUACUUAAAACCGGACUACGUAAAACAAAUUCCUGCAGAUGCUUAUAGUUUUGGAUUCUUUCUUUAUUUUUUGUUCUAUCAUCUCCAAAUCCAGUCCAACACUAUUGUCGACCAAAUUUGUCACUAGCCUAUCAUUUUUAUAUAUAGUUUUUUUUUUUAACCUCAUAAGUAGUAUGUUAUAAAAGUUGUUGCUCUUAAGCCGCAGAUAAUAAUUCAUGGUAAAACAAUCAGAUGUUAAUCUCAUGUCUCCUGCAU